UCCCACACUCCCUUAAUUCUCCUCCACCGUCCUCCUCUUUCUCUCUCUCGCACAUUCGGAAGGUCUUCCGUUAUCUGAUUUUCCCGUCAAUGGCGCCGAAGCCCGAGAAGAAGCCGGCGGAGAAGAAGCCGUCAACGGCGGAGAAAGCGCCUGCGUCGGCGGAGAAGAAGCCCAAGGCCGAGAAGAAGAUAUCGAAAGAAGGCGGAGUCGACAAGAAGAAGAAGAAGAUCAAGAAGGGCAGCGAGACGUACAAGAUAUACAUUUUCAAGGUGUUGAAGCAGGUUCACCCGGACAUUGGGAUAUCGAGCAAGGCCAUGGGGAUCAUGAACAGUUUCAUCAACGACAUCUUCGAGAAGCUCGCUCAGGAAGCCUCGCGGCUCGCCAGGUACAACAAGAAGCCCACCAUCACCUCCAGAGAGAUUCAGACCGCCGUCCGGCUUGUCUUGCCUGGAGAGCUCGCCAAGCACGCCGUUUCCGAGGGCACCAAAGCCGUCACCAAAUUUACGAGCUCUUGAAUGCAUUGAUUUCACGGAAAGGGCUGAGAAAACUUCAACCAUUGUAUCAUAGAAUUUUGGUGAAUGUCUGAGGAAACACUGCAGUAUCAGAGGCUAGCCGUAGGAGAUUUCAACUCACUGGCAUCGACUCCAUGAGGAUUCAGUUAUCUGCAAGCCCAAAUAAUGAAGUUGAAUGUGAAAGAAUUGAAUUGUUCAAGUCAUGGAGAAGGUAACUAUCCUCUAUUUCAAAAAAAUUAAUCUUGAUUUGAUAGUGGAGAUCCCAAGUUUCUUCCCAAAUGCUUGCUUUAUCUGAAAUCGAUAUAGAUUCCUAGGGGGACAGUAGUGUUGGGUAUCCAAAAUUCAAUGGUGGCUGUCCAAAGCUGAUAAAAAAUUCAACAUGGUGACUGCAAGAAUUCUAACAUGGUGGUUAUGUAGAAAUUCAACACGGUGGCUGUGCAAAAUUCAAAGUUGCAGUCACGGGAGCCACCAAUUUUCUGUCUAUAAAACCAAAAGCAAUUGGGAGAAAGCAAUGUGGAAGGUAAAGAGAAAAACAGGAAGUUGCAGAGAGGAAAAACGAAAAACAACGGUGAGCAUGAAAAUUCUGAGCAGCUUGUGUAGCUAUUGGUUACUGCUUGAUAUCUCUGCAUUUCAUGGUCUCGAAUUUAGGAUAGAAACUUCACAACUCAUUAUUCUUUAAAUUCAACAGUUAAGAUCGAGAUUUGACAGUCCAUAUGGGAGGAAUUGUGUCUGAAUAGUGGUGGUUUUUGGUGACCUUGUUUUUGAGUAGUAUUCCAAGAAACUUUAUUCUUGAGAGUUGUAAUUGAGUUAAUUGUUUUGUUGCUCUUGAGAUUUUUUUUUUUUUUUUUGUGUGCCAAGAAUUAUUGAAUUCUUGAGAAUUUUGUGUGUCUCUAGUGUUAUCUAGAAAAAAAAGAUUGUACCAAUUAUUUAUUGAUAGUGGAAGUUUUUGGUGGAUUCUAAUAUCGUGAUUUUUACUCUUUAUAUUGAAGGGAUUUUUUGUGUAAAACUUUGG